AUGGCCACUGCGCAGAUCGUACCUAUGCUCCUAGAAGAUGCUCCCAAAGUCCGCUCAAAGAGCGACACACAACCAAGAUCCUUUGACUUCUUCGACGUAUUUGGGACAGCAGGCUGCUUGCAACAGUGCGCGGUUAUAAGGUCAAGGCAAACUCUAUCUCCACAAGCCAUCAAGCAAUCUAAAGCAGACCAUGAGGAGCUCCUCAAGCACGGAAAGUACAAACUGGUUCGGGGAAAGGCUUUCACGUAUAAGGAGUUAGAUGCCUCCGCGGUCAAUGGAUGUGGAAGCUGCAAGGCCGUCAAAACUUUCCUCGACAGCAUACCUGCCAAGCAUUUUGGAGGACUCAUUCCGUCUACGAUCAUCCGGUGGACCAUCCGUCACAGCGGUACUCUAGAGCUGGAAGCCCCAGAUGGCAAAGAGUAUUUUGUGAGACUACUCAACCUUGCGGGUUCCAGCAACGUCUUUCGCCGGCUAGAAACUACGAACGGUGUGACCGGAGACACUUCUUCUGAUACAAGUUUCCAGAGGAUUCAGGCUUGGUUAAACAACUGUGAGCUGCACGGAAAAUGCGGCAAGGGUAAAGACACGAGAUUGCCCACAAGACUCAUCGAUGUGAGGCAGCCUGGAGACAGACUUGGAGUCCGACUAGUGGAAACGUCUGGACAAACAGGCACUUACAUCUGUCUAAGCCAUUGCUGGGGAAAGAUCAAGAUCAAAUCCAAAACGGAGACUCAUAGCCUCAAGAGGCGGCUUAACCUCAUUCCUUGGUGCCUACUUCCACCUAGCUUCCAACAAGCAGUCGAGAUCACGAGGAAGCUUGGGGUCCGCUAUCUUUGGAUUGAUUCACUAUGCAUCAUACAAGAUGACAAAGGCGACUGGGAGAGAGAGGCAGCUGAAAUGGUAAAUGUCUACCGGAACUCAUACGCGACUAUUGCCUUUUUCAAGAUCGAGAACGACAAUUGUGACGAAUUCUUCAUCUCCUUGAUUUUUGGCGAAAAGAGAGACAAGUUAUCAGAGUAUGCCAAGGUUCAGGAGUACAUCCCACUUUUCAACAGGGCUUGGUGUCUCCAAGAACGCCUUCUCUCGCGACGAAUUAUUCACUGCAACUAUGGGGAGAUGGCUUUUGACUGUGCCAGCGGGUACACUUGCGAAUGUGGCGGGAAGCAACACUACAGCUGGCACAAUCUCAUACGCCUUUCCGGUACAUACACGCCGCUGCAGUCCAAGUCGAAUUAUCUAGCACUACUGAACAAGCCAAAGAUCAUACCUCCCACCGCCAUCAUCACAAAAGACGGGAAGAUCGACCCCUAUGGGAGAUGGCAUGGUGUGAUUACUGAGUACACCUGCCUCAACCUCACAUUCACAGGCGACAUGCUACCGGCACUAUCGGGCCUGGCGCACGAGACUGCUGAGGUGACGAAAGACACAUUCCUAGCCGGGAUGUGGAAACGAAACUUUGAACAAGACCUCAUGUGGCGUGUCGUGGCCGUGGCGGAUUGGGUGGCGCAGCGUGCCAAAAUUUUGCGACGGGGAUGGAUAGCCCCGACUUGGUCUUGGGCUUCCACAGGAAGUGGCUGCAAAAGACAGUCCAGGUGA